AUGUUUAACAAAGACUACCACUAUCCCUAUAUUAUUUUCUGCUAUCAAGCAUUAUCUACAGAAUAUAAAGAACUCGUUUCCUCGCUCACUCAAAGUGACGUUGUAUUUGAAAAGGUUUCGGAUGCUGACUAUGGCUAUACAAACACAACGGAUAAAUUUAGAGCUGAACUCGCAAGAAAAUAUCUAAGAAAUACGCAAGACAACACACUUGAAUUCCGGUUUAAAUCAAGGCUGAUGGCAGGAACCAUCUUUAAUCACCCACGUCUAAGUGAAUUGGAUUAUUUCUGGCGUUUUGAACCAGGUACUGAAUAUAUGUGCCCUAUUGACUUUGAUCCGUUCCAAUACAUGUAUGAUCAUGGCAAGCAAGUUUCAUUUUCUAUUGCAACCUAUGAAAAUCAUGAAACUAUCCCCACUCUUUUCAAGUCUGUCAGUAAAUUCAAACAACAAAACCCUCAAUUCAAGUACAUGAGCGCAGAUCAAGGCGAUAACAGCAUUAUGUCCAACAUGUUGAACAACGGUAAAUACAAUCGAUGCUUUUUUUGGAACAGCUUUCAGAUCGCUAGUACACGGUUUUUUAAAAGUCCCGAAUACACUGCUUAUUUUAAGUUUUUGGAUGCGCAGGAAGGUAUCUUUUAUGAACGUUGGUCUGAUGCAGUCAUUCAGUCAUUAGCAGCAGCCUUAUUUUUGGACAAAGAUCAAUUGCAUUUUUGGGAAGAUAUUGGAUAUCGGCACCGAUUUUUUUAUUCUCAUUGUCCGAACAACAAUUCAAUAUGGGAAAGGUGUUCAUGUAGACCUGAGCAAAACUUUGAUAACGAUAGUCAAAGUUGUCUGGCUAAUUUUCAGCAAUAG